GCGCUUCAACCAGCCAUUCUUCCCAACCUAAAUGAUAAGCUAGAAGAGGAAACACUGCAAUGGUACACCAAAGACCACUUCUAUCCAGUUCAAAUCGGCGAAAUCUUUCACCCAGGGUAUAAAGCUACUGAGGGUAUAACACCAUAUGGCUCGGUAGGAAUUCAAGCUGACAGCUAUAGAGAAGAUGCCUAUGUCACAUUGAAAAUGUGCGAACGGAACUCAGGACCCGGGGAAAGAGAAAAGGGGAUCUAUGAUCAUCUUCGAAGCAUAAAGUCUAGUCAUAUAGGCUCAACUCUCGUCCGGCGCGCGCUGGAUGACUUUCAACUCAGAUCUGCUGAUAACGAGCACUCAUAUCAGUGUCUUGUGCACCCGCCUUUAGGUAUGAGUCUUCAUGAACUAAUGAACAGAGCAAAAGGAAAACAUCUUCCUGCGGAGUUAGUGAAGCCGGCUGUGCUUCAUGUUCUUUUUGCUCUGGACUUCCUUCAUACGGAAACUGGGGUUGUCCAUACUGGUAUGGUAUUCGAUUGCUCAUGA